AUGAGGCCCAUUACGGCCCAUACGACUAGAAGCCCAACGUCAACAGUGUACCGAAAUGGGUCCCAGGUGGGGCCCACCAGUCAGUCAAAGAGGGUCGAAGCUCCCAGAAGAUGCCACUCCUCCAACCCCAGCUCCGAUCCGCCGCCGCCCGGCGUCUCGCCUCUCCUCACCCGGCGCCGCGCGCUUGUCGACCGCACCCUCCUGUUCCUCGGCCUGAGCGCCGUUGCGUGCUUGAGAAGUCUUGGCUCUGCGGCUUCUGCUCGGAUGGAGUCUACUUCCACCACUGUCCCUUGCAUUGUUGUGUAUGUGACAGUUCCUAACAAAGAAGCAGGAAAGAAGCUAGCUGGGAGCAUUAUAAGUGAGAAGCUUGCUGCUUGUGUGAACAUAGUGCCUGGUAUUGAAUCUGUUUACUGGUGGGAGGGAAAGGUUCAAACUGAUGCUGAAGAACUGCUUAUCAUUAAGACAAGGGAGUCUCUUCUUGAUGCAUUGACUGAACAUGUAAAAGCCAAUCAUGAGUAUGACGUUCCUGAAGUCAUCGCUCUGCCCAUAAAAGGAGGCAACCUGAAGUACCUGGAGUGGCUCAAGAACAGCACUAGGGAGAACUAACUCUACAACAUGGCAUGUAUUUCAACACGUUUCGAAGCGCCUGGUGAUAUGUACAGCCAAAGUGCAAACUCGAGCUGGUGUGUAUGUGCUGGACAUUUAGAGUCUGCAUCUCGAUGGGUUCGGAGCGAUGAAUCUGUUUACUAUCGUUUACAUCUAAUGUCAAAUAAACUGCAGUAGUGUGCACACUAGAGGUUGUACAUGAACCCCUCUCGUCGCCCUUGUGGACUGUGAAUGACCUUUCGUUUCUAUUGUAAUUUACUGUGGAAUGGCAACUCGGUUUGGGUUUGAGUGA